ACCAUUUUGCGGUGAACAUUGAGCGGCGGAGACGGCGGCGGCGGCGAAUGAACGUAGUAUUAUUCCAUUUGUCACCAAUAAUGAGACGCUUUGUGUUGGAAUUGUCGCAUUUCAUCGCCAUUCGUGGGAAAAUGUUGUUGAACCAAAGCUGUGCAUUGUGAAUCAUCAGGAGGACACAACGACGAAAGAAACACCAAGUGAAUGAGUGCGAAUUCCCUUGCAAAAUGUAUAAACGAUGUAAAAUGCAUGCAAAUGAUGUCUUUCGACAACAAUCAAUAUGAAAUGGAAAUGAUGUUUGUAAAAGUGAGACCAUCACUGGCAAUCAAUGUAAUCAGUAAUCGCGCAAAAAAGCACCAAACAAUCGAAGACAAAACGACCGUGGAGCAACAACAACAACAACAACAACAAAGCAAUAAUCACAUCGAAUGCCGCUUCGAUGACGAUGAACAUGACGAUAACAGCAGCAGCGAUAGCAUAACGUUCAUUCAACAAAACGACGUGAAAAAUACUGAAACGAUACCGAAAUUACACAGCAACAAUACACACACACACACACACACACAAAUAAAUCAAAAAAAUCAUCAAUCACGAGCAACAAUUCGAAAGUUGUUUUCAUUUUGGUAUUGACACCAUUUAAACGUCUGAUUGGUUAAAUUCACUCACGAAACAUCAAAUAUCAACACGCAUACACAAAAAGGCGAACAUUUUGCUUCUCAACCCCUCCGGAUGCCCUUCAUUCACUCAACAAAUGUAAUAUAAUUUAUAGUAUUAUAUUCAAAAUUGAUUGAAGAUCCAAACAAAAGGAAAAGCAAACAAGAACUACGAGGGAUAUCGACACAGCGACUGAGAGAAAACACGCGAGACACAUAUACACAAACAAAAAAAUAUUUGCUCGUUGGGAAAACAACAAUGAUUCGGCCACCGAUGUAAAAUCGUUGUGUCUAAGUCAAAAGCCACGUCUGAAAUCACUGGAGAGGCAUAUCUUGAAGAAGUCGAAACACGCAAAAAUACGAUAAAAAGGAGCACAAGAGGCGAAGGCAAGGGAGAAAGAUAGAUAGAUAGAUAGAGAGAGAGGGAAACGAUAUCGAGUAACCAUUUUUGAAAGUUUUCCCAGAUAAGCCGCCGCAAAAGUUUUCAAUUCCUUGAAUGCAAGGCAUUCGCAUCCAAUAUCGAAAAAAGCGUUCGCAAUUCGUGUCUUCGCCAGAGAAACAGAGAGAGGAAAGAAAAGAAAACUUCGUGUAUCGUUUAGAUCAAUUUGAUAGAUUACCUCGACGAACAUAUAUUACACCCUUCGUCUGGGGUGCGAAACAAGGAAAUCGAAUCGUAAAAUAAAGCUUAGGUCACAACAACAACAACAACAACAACAGCAGUAGCAAAAACAACAAUAAUAACAACGGGUGAUAACGGAACUCUGUAAAUACGGACACUAUCACACGAUUAAUUUUAUUGACGUAGUCACUGAGCGUCUAUAAAAAGCACAUUUUGCUCUAUUGUAGAAUUAUCCAACAAAAAACAAAGAAGAGUCAUUUCCACAACGUGACAUCGGUGAAAAAAAAUCAACUACAGAAAACAGAGAGCAAAUAUAAAAGUGACGAAACAGCACAACACCACAAUAGCCGAGAACUUCCAUCAAACUAAUCGAAAAAAAAAAAGAAAAUUUUAUCGAAGGGCAGAAGAACAUCGCACAUCACACGAGAGCUGUAGAAGGAAAAAUUUCGUAGGCGAACUACGUUAUACAUAUAUAAAAGCGAACAGAUCGAACAAAGGCAAAUGAAAACGGCACAGCGCAAAAACUAACAAUUAAAUGAAAUAAAGAAUAAAAACGGAGCAACAGAAGCAUAAAAGGAGAACAAAAAAGUAGCAACAACAAAAACGCGUGCACGAAAUAUCACCACCGAAGGGAUAAUGGAAAUGAAUGAAAAUCGACAAUCAAAUGUGGCCACGAUCAAAUUUAAUUAUGACGAUGAUACAAAUGCCAUAUUGCAUUAUGGGAAUCUAGUGAAACAAUCAUCAAUGAAUAGUUUUUUCAAUGUAAACGACUAUAUUGAGUCCACCACCGUACCUGAUGAUGGCAUCGACAAUACCGUCGAAUCGACCACCGCAAACAAUGUUAUAGUAAUUCUUAAGUGUUUUGUGAUUGGUUUCAUCAUUUUAGCUGCCAUUUUUGGUAAUAUGCUGGUCAUCGUGUCGGUAAUGCAACACAGAAAACUAAGGGUGAUAACAAACUACUUUGUCGUCUCCUUGGCCAUGGCUGAUAUGCUAGUUGCGUUGUGUGCAAUGUCUUUUAAUGCAUCGGUGGAAUUCGCUGGCAAAUGGCUUUUCGGCACAUUUGUUUGUGAUCUGUGGAACAGUUUUGACGUGUACUUCUCAACAACCAGUAUUCUGCACCUGUGCUGCAUAUCGGUGGACCGAUAUUAUGCAAUCGUUCAGCCUUUAGAUUAUCCCCUAAUCAUGACCUAUUCUAGAGUAGUUUUUAUGCUUGUCAUUGUGUGGCUAUUUCCAGCUAUGCUCUCCUUUGUGCCCAUUUUUCUGGGAUGGUAUACAACCGAAACACAUUUUCGAUAUUUACGAAAAUAUCCGCACAUAUGCGAGUUCAAAGUCAACAAAUUAUACUGCAUAAUUUCGUCAUCGGUUAGUUUUUGGAUCCCAGGAAUUGUGAUGAUUCUAAUGUACUAUAAAAUUUACAAGGAAGCCGAUCGACAAGAACGACUACUCUAUAGGUCAAAAGUGGCUGCAUUGCUUCUGGAAAAGCAUUUACAAAUCAACGGUAUAGCUGUGCAACGGCAGAGUAUACAUCAAGUUGAACCAUGCGCCAUUACGAAAAUGCGAAGAGAGAAAAAAGCCGCCCGAACGCUCGGAAUAAUAAUGAGUGCAUUUUUAGCAUGCUGGUUGCCGUUCUUUUUAUGGUACAACAUUUCAUCGAUGUGCGGCGAAGCAUGCGCUACACCACGUGUUAUCGUCACAAUUGUCUUUUGGAUCGGCUACUUCAAUUCUGCGCUGAAUCCCGUUAUUUAUGCGUACUUCAACCGAGAAUUUCGCUAUGCUUUCCAACGGACAUUGAAGAAUUGCUGUUCAUUUCAACAUAUUAAUUGUAAGAUAAGCGAUCGUGGACAUUUACCACCCUACAUACACUCAACCGCAUCAUCCGAAAUUCAUAUGAACUCAAUACGACCGCCAAAUACUGAUGGGAAUAACUGACAUUUAGAUUUUUAAUUUGUUUUUUUUUUUUUCAUUAAAUCUCUAUCUCUGUUUUAAUGUACGUGUUGUGUGUACAGAAAACUGAACGAAAAUUCUACAAUAGCAACAGCUAUAACAACAGCACGCAUACCUGCAAUGUGAACAACAACAGCAACGCCAGCUUCCGACGAAACUGUAUAUAAACAAUGUAUAAUUAUAGGGACAGAAGCACAAACAACCAACCUCCCCCCCUUAAUCAUCGAUACUAAUCGAAAUUUCGCCAGCUCUGUCUGUUUAAAAAAAAAUGAACCAAACAAAAACAGAAAAUCCACAACAAAAAUAAUGAAAACCAGGAGCUUAGACAUCUAUUUUCCUAGACUUUGAAUGAUUCAUUUGUUUUGGUACUUGAAGAAAUAUUUUUUUUUUUCAUUUUACGUGUACACAAGUCACAAUUAUUUCGAUUCACUUGCGAUUGUGUGUGUGUCAUUCAGUUUACUAUUUGUUAUUUGUACAAACACUGGAAUGAUUUCCAGAAAUUCCAAUUCUCAAAGUGAAUCUAAGUUAAACACAAACCAAACCAAAUCAAACCAAACCAAACUAAUACCUCCAAAUAUUUGAAUUUAUUAUUAAGAAAUUGUCAAAUGUUGUCGUUUGACUUGAAUUUACUUAUUUUUGAAUACUAUUGCAAACACCCAAAGAGAAACCAAAAAUUAUAUAUAAAUAUUACAUACAAACAAGAAGAACCUAGUCAAUCAACACCAUUGUUAGUGAAAUCAUGUCUAGGUAAUUUGAGGUAAAAAAUAGUAACAUACAGAAAUUAAAAACAAGACCGCAGAGCGGAGCAAAGCGUUCUUGAAGCUUGUAAAUUUAAGGAGUUUAAUUAAUUUAAUGUUUCUCAUCAAAUUAUUAUCGUAAGCACUACAUGG